AUGCUCGACCUCGUCUCGAGCUUUUGGGGAAAUGGAGCCCUCUGCACGUUUGUCGCAGCAGAGAUGCACUUGCUUCAAAAACAGCACCAUCAUCCCCUAAGUCCUCAACACCCCGACAACCAGUUACGCUCUCUCCCGCUCGACGACCGCUCCGCCAACUUCUUCUCCCCUGGUCCCGAGAAACGCGGCUCCAAGCUCUCGAAGCGCAAUCCGUCGGCAUGCUCCGGCUGCACCAAGGUCUUUUGUCGCGACCAGAACUUGCCCUUUUGCAAAGAUGCCAAGGACGAGGACAUGCAGACCAUGUGCUUCCAGCGCGACUCUGUCAAGGAUCGCUUCAUCGUCUGGGGAUUCAUCCUCGGCGUCUUUGGCUUGCUCGGCUGGGCUGGGGCUCGAAAGAUUAUGGAGAUUAGAGGGAUCAGGGCCGCGGGGACCGGCACAAGGGGCGGGCGGUUCCUAUCGACGGGUGGGCUGAGGAAUUGGAUGGAAGCCCUGACGUUUUUGGUAGAGGCGGAAUCCCGUCUGGUGGCUACUUGCCCGAUAUUUGAUUCAACAUUUACCGGCGUUGCAUGA